AUGGUUGGCGGGGGUCAUGUGGUGGGGGUCGGCGGCGUGGUUGGGGUGGGCGGCGUGGUGGGUGUCGCCGGUGUGGUGGGGGCCAGGUGCUCCGUAGACAAUGGUUCCUUCAGCUCCUGCAACGGUGACCUUCUGACCACUACCUCCAGAGAUUUUCUGGGACCCCGCAGCAAACCGGGCGAUAUGCUGGAGACCUUCCGGGGAGGUAGCACGACACUGCCCAUCCUGGGAAUACAACACCUUGCUGACGACACAGGCAGCCAUGUGGUGCUUGAAGGUCUGCGGCCUCUGGGCACCUCUCUCAGCUCCUCGUGUUCCAGUUUCCGCAGCGAAGUGCCCAUGGGAGGAGUAACUAACAUGGGCGUCGUGGGAGGCGCCUCGGGCAUGCUGGGAGCCUCGGGGCUGGUCAGCACGCCCUCCACCUCCUCCUCCCACCUUCUUCAAGUGUCUCUGCUUCCCGAGACUGUCGGGAAGGACCGCGGGCCAACGCCAUCGCCUCGGGAAUAUGAGGGUGUGAGUGUGUUGUGAGGCCGGCCUUAACUACAAGAGCCAGUGGUGUCUGAGGCAGGCCUUAACCACAGGAACCAAUGGAGCCUAAGGCCGGCCUUAACCACAAGAACCAGUGGUUUCUGAGGCCGGCCUUAACCACAGGAACCAAUGGUGCCUAAGGCCGGCCUUAACCACAGGAACCAAUGGUGCCUAAGGCCGGCCUUAACCACAAGAACCAGUGGUUUCUGAGGGCGGCCUUAACCACAGGAACCAAUGGUGUCUGAGGCCGGCUUUAACCACAGGAACCAGUGGAGUCUGAGGCUGGCCUUAACCAUGGGAACCAGUGGUGUCUGAGGCCGGCCUUAACCACAGGAACCAGUGGUGUCCGUGGCCAGCCUUAACCACAGAAACCAGCGGUGUCCGGGGCCGGCCUUAACCACAGGAACCAGUAGUGUCUGAGGCCGGCCUUAACCACAGGAACCAGUGGUGUCCGUGGCCAGCCUUAAUCACAGG